GUUCGCCCCUCCACAUCACCAACUAACCUCACCACGUAACAACACAGUCGCCAACAUGACUUCCACAAUUGGGAUCCCCAUCAAGCUCCUCAAUGAGGCUCAGGGCCAUAUCGUCACUCUCGAGAUCACCUCCGGCCAGACCUACCGUGGCAAGCUUAUUGAAGCCGAGGACAACAUGAACGUCCAACUCAAGGACAUCACCGUCACAGCCCGCGACGGGCGCGUCAGCCAUCUCGAACAAGUCUACAUCCGCGGCAGUCAUGUGCGAUUCUUUAUUGUGCCGGAUAUGUUGAGAAACGCCCCCAUGUUCCGCUCCCGCAACGUCCGCGGCCGCGGUGUCGGUCUCGCCCGCGGUCGUGCGACAGUCAGUAGGGCGCGCGCCGGUGGUCGUGGCGGCGCCAGAUAGAAGACAACGCCGCCUCUCGUCAGACUCAUCGAACAAGACCAGACCCAGACCGAGAAUCAUUGAAUGUUCACAACGCAAUGCAAUAUUGGGGCACAAUAAUCGCCAUGUUGUGGCUCCUUUUCUCCGCGCGCAACGACAACCGCUAUUUUGAUAUUUUAGGCGUUUUGGGGGGGGAAACAAUAAAGCAAAUUUUGAUCUUCUUUCUACCGAAAAUGGGGGGCAGCGAGUUGGAUGGAAAAGUCUGGGGGGAAAGCUUUGGAUGCCCAGAGAAGGAGGAACAGGAGGGAUGGGAAGGGUGGCUCAAGGCCGGCCAGAGAUGAGAAGGGACUGGAUUGAGUGCUGGGGCUGGGGUUGGAGGGUUGAGAGCCUCGAUGAGGAGUGAUAUGGACGACUCCAG